AUGUCAACAUAUAAAGUUGCCGACAUUUCUCAAGCUGCAUUCGGUCGCAAAGAAAUAGAAAUUGCGGAAAAUGAAAUGCCCGGCCUCAUAACACUGCGUCGACGCUAUGAUGUAGAGAAACCACUUAAAGGGACACGCAUAGCCGGUUGUCUUCACAUGACAAUUCAAACCGCGGUGCUCAUUGAAACGCUUACUCACCUCGGGGCCGAGGUAGCUUGGAGUUCAUGCAACAUUUUCUCGACACAAGACCAUGCGGCCGCUGCGAUUGCCGCCACGGGUGUCCCGGUGUUUGCGUGGAAAGGCGAGACCGAGGAGGAGUACGUAUGGUGCAUCGAACAGACGCUGCGCGCGUUUAAAGAUGGUAAACCACUUAAUAUGAUCCUGGAUGAUGGUGGCGAUUUGACUAAUUUGGUGCACGAUAAGUUUCCGGAACUUUUAGAUGGCAUAGUAGGUAUCUCGGAAGAGACCACUACAGGAGUUCACCACUUGUAUAAAAGACUCAAGGAGGGAAAAUUGAAAGUUCCCGCUAUUAAUGUUAAUGAUUCCGUGACCAAAUCUAAAUUUGAUAAUCUUUAUGGAUGUCGUGAAUCUUUAGUUGACGGUAUAAAGCGUGCCACUGAUGUUCAAAUUGCGGGUAAAGUAUGUGUAGUUGCAGGGUACGGUGAUGUAGGAAAGGGUUGUUCUGUGGCUUUACGUGGAAUGGGUGCUCGUGUUAUCAUUACUGAAAUUGAUCCGAUUAAUGCGUUACAAGCUUGUAUGGAGGGUUACGAAGUUACCACAAUGGAGGAAGCCUCAAAAGAAGGAAAUAUUUUUGUCACGACUACUGGUUGUCGUGACAUUAUCACAGGUGAACACUUCGUAAAUAUGAAAGAUGAUGCGAUCGUGUGCAAUAUUGGACAUUUUGACAUCGAAAUCGAUGUAGCAUGGUUAAAAGCCAACGCCAAAUCUGUAAUCAACAUCAAACCCCAAGUAGACCGCUACACACUUGACAACGGUCGUCAUAUUAUUCUCCUCGCGGAAGGUCGUCUCGUCAACCUUGGUUGUGCAACCGGCCACCCUAGUUUUGUCAUGAGUAAUUCUUUCACGAACCAAGUGUUGGCUCAGAUCGCACUUUGGACCGAUACGGCGUCGUACCCAUUAGGUGUGCACAUGUUGCCAAAAAAACUUGAUGAGGAGGUUGCGCGUGCUCAUUUGGAAAAGUUGGGCGUCAAGCUUACGAAACUUAAUAAUAAACAAUCAGAGUAUUUAGGAAUACAUCCGGAUGGCCCUUAUAAACCUAUGCAUUAUCGGUGA